CUUUAAAAAGAGGCCGGGCUGAGGGGGAGCGGCGCUCAGUCGACACGCGGCGCAGACGGAGCAGGAGGCAGCCAGGCAGGCAGGCAGGAGAAGACCUUUUGGCACUUAGAGACGGUCGAAGGGCCUCGUUCCCACGCCAGGCUCGGGCAAGAUGGCAGCAGCACCCGCCGUAGUGACCGGAUCCCUCCCGGUGGGACCAGCAACACCUCUCUUCUCCGAACCGACCGACGUCUCGCUCAGUGACAUUUCGAUGGCCGCCUCUUCGCCCAGCCCUCAGAAGCAGCCGCCCGUCAAUGAGCCGGACGCCAAGAUGUCCAAAGGGCCGGUCUCCGGGGCCGGGCCUCUGUGGACCACCAAGCGUGACGGAGAGGUCAAGCUGCGCCUGGACGAGAGCGGCAUCGGCGCCGAGGACCCCAUCACCGUCCACGAUCUCUUCCUGGCCUCCGUGGAGAAGUACGGCAACUUCCCGGCGCUGUCUUGGAAGAAGAAGGGCCGCUGGUCCCAACUGACCUUCCGGCAGUACUACGGGGAGUGCCGCAAGACCGCCAAGAGCUUCCUCAAGCUGGGCCUGGCGCGCUUCAACAGCGUUUGCAUUCUGGGCUUCAACUCGCUGGAGUGGUUCCUGGCCGACAUCGGCGCCAUCUUUGCUGGGGGUUUUGCUGUCGGCAUCUACACCACCAACUCCCCCGAGGCCUGUCACUACGUCGCCGAGAACUGCGGGGCCAACAUCAUUGUGGUGGAGAACGACAAGCAGCUGCAGAAAAUCCUGGAGGUGGAGAAAAAGCUCCCCCUGCUGAAAGCCAUCAUCUACUACAACGAGGACAUCAAAGAAAAAAGGCCGAACCUCUACAGUUGGGACGAAUUCAUGGCCCUGGGCAGCUCCGUGCCGGACGAGCAGCUGGACAAGAUCCUGGCCAGCCUGAAGCCCAGCCAGUGCUGCACCAUCAUCUACACGUCGGGGACCACGGGGAACCCCAAAGGAGUCAUGCUCAGCCACGACAACAUCACGUGGACGGCCAGGGCGGCCGGAGAGUACGUGCACCUGAAGACGGCCUUGGAGAGCCAGGAGAGCGUGGUCAGCUACCUGCCGCUGAGCCACAUCGCCGCGCAGAUGAUUGACAUCUGGCUGCCCAUCGCCUUCGGCGUGGAGACGUACUUUGCUCAGCCUGACGCUCUGAAGGGCAGCCUGGUGGAGACCCUCCGGGAAGUGAGACCCACGGCGUUCAUGGGCGUCCCCCGCGUGUGGGAGAAGAUGCAGGAGCAGAUGAAGUCCGUGGGGGCCAAGUCCUCCAUGCUGAAGAAGAAGAUUGCCGUCUGGGCCAAAGCCGUGGGGCUGGAGACCAACCUGAAGCGCAUGAACGGGUCCAUCGAUCUCCCGAUGAAUUACCGGCUGGCAAAGGCGCUGGUUUAUAAAAAGGUCCGGAAAGCUCUGGGCUUGGACCGCUGCUACCGAUGUUACACGGGGGCGGCCCCCAUCACAAAGGACACCUUGGAGUUUUUCCUGAGCCUGGACAUUGUGAUCUACGAGCUCUACGGCAUGAGCGAAAGUUCGGGUCCUCACACCGUUUCCCAUCAGGCAUCGUACAGGAUGGCAAGCUGCGGCAAGGAGAUUACAGGCUUCCGGACGAUGCUUUUCAAACCAGACCAGGAAGGCGUCGGCGAGGUCUGCUUUGCCGGGCGCCAUGUCUUUAUGGGCUACCUGAACAUGGAAGACAAAACGAAAGAAGCCAUUGACGCCGAGGGCUGGCUUCAUUCUGGGGAUCUGGGCCGGUACGAUGAGGAUGGCUUCCUCUUCAUUACGGGACGGAUCAAAGAGCUCAUCAUCACCGCGGGGGGAGAGAAUAUUCCCCCGGUCCCGAUUGAAGAUGCGGUCAAGGAGGCCGUCCCCAUUCUUAGCAACGUCAUGUUAGUGGGAGACAAAGCCAAAUAUCUCGUCAUGCUGAUGACCCUUAAGAGCAAGAUGAACCUAGAAACGGGAAUGUCAGAAGACGAACUGACGCCUGAAUCCAUCGAGUUCUGCCAGAAACUGGGCAGCAAGUCCACCAAGGUCUCCGACAUAGUGGGCAACAAAGACGUGGCUGUGUACACCGCCAUCCAGAAGGGAGUCAUGAAGGUCAAUGAUCACGCCACCUCCAACGCCCAGAAAAUCCAGAAGUGGGUUCUGCUCAGCAAAGACUUCUCCAUUCAGAGUGGCGAGCUGGGCCCAACCAUGAAGCUGAAGAGGCCAGUGGUAACCAAGAUGUACCAAGAACAGAUCCAACAGCUCUACUCAGAAACACCAAAUUUCUGAAUGAGGAUGCCCGUCUCUCCACCUGCCUCUGCCUCGAAGUCCAGCAUCUUUACCGGAGUCUUUUCUGCAGGCGAGGUGCACCGUCGCUUCCGUUGAUAAAUGAGGUUUUCAAUAAAGGGUCUCCUUCUCUUGUUUUCCUCCAAGGCAGGAGACUCCUCUGCACUUCGGACUCUGGCUGUGCCGGUGAGAAGCAUACGGAAGACCCUCGCUGGCUGUUUUGACCUCAGUGUACCUCUUUCCGAAAUGAAUGUACCAACCUCAGGGUUUCUCUUUCCUUCUUUUCUCAUUUCCUUUCUUCCUCCUAUCUUUUCCUUUCCUUCUUUAUUCCAUUUGUUCUUUCUCCCUUCCGCUUUCCUUUCCUUUUCCUUCCCUUUUUCUCUUUCCCUUCCUUCCCCAUCAAAUAUCUUUCUUUCUUUCUUUCUUCUCCCUCUCCUUCCUUUCUAUUUUCUUCUCCCUCUCCUUUUCCUUCCCUUUCUUUUUCUUUUCUCCAGGGAUGGGAUGGGAGUUCUCUAGUGAACCAAAGGAAAACACUGCAGCGAUGCCGCAGACUGGGUGAACCCUGUGUGUUCUUGCAGUGCCUUGGGGUAGCUCGUUGGGUGAAUCUUUGCACGGGGCACUUUUUCUUUUUCCACAAGACGGCUGGUGUUCACAUUGCACACAGGGCAGGACAUUUCUUACUGGCGCACUUCAGUCUUCUCACUGUUUUCACUUGGGAGGUAGACUUACAUAGCGAGGUGUGCCCAACUCUCUUCAAAGAGCAGGAUGUUUUUCAACAUCAGAUGUUGGGGUCCGCUUUGCCCCUCCUGUGCCAGGGGACCAAUUUCCCAGGAAGGAAGGAAGGAAUGGGCAGAAAUCUCCUUACAAGUGUUUUGGGAACACAUUUGGAAACCUGCAUGAGCAUCACACUUGAACUUGGCUCUUGGGGCUUAGUCAGAGUUUACCCUGUGCUUGUUCUGCGUGAACCAUAAGACUUUAAUUCCAGCCAAAUUAUAUGGGGGGAGGGGAGGGAGAGGAUUAGGCUGCUCAGCUGUGCCUUGUUCCCCUUUAAAUCGACAUAAAAUUGCAAGUACUGCUCUGGAUUCAAAACCCAACUUGCGCAGAAGAGCCAAAAAGUGUGCCCUUAUGAAUUUGAGCCACUUUUGUGCAAAGAGGCUUUAUUUAGUUUUGAUGUUUGGUAAGAAUUGCGGUGUGGGUAAAGAGGCAUUGAGCAAAUGGGGGUGUCUGAAGAAAGCAUGGGGUGCAAUCAUGGAUUAUUUUUAAUAGUGUGAGCUAAACGAAAUCACUUUUAGCUUCUAGUAUAAACAUGGGAACAAGGGGGGGCAUAUUUGAUAAUGGUUAAUAAGGCUGCUCUGUUUUCAUGGGAAGAUUUAAAUGCUUCUAUAGAGAGCUUUUCUUCUCCCUGUAAAUGUAAUAGGAGUUCUCUGUAUUUAUGAAUUGGGGUGCAAAGGAAACGUGUCUUUAAGGAAUCAAAUGUGAUAAUCUGUCCAUAUAUAUUAGGAGUGUUUUUUUUUCUUAAGUGUUUUCAAGGUUGUCCAAAGUUGUGAUGGUCACCACAUAUUGUAAUAAGGCCUGUAAGUUUAAAAUUUUUUGCAAAAUAUGCAGCUGUUGGCUUAGAGCCUUUCAGACUCAACUUUCCCUUGCAAACGUGGUUAUGUUACCGUGAGCAUUGAAGUUCGCCUUCCCUGAUUUAGCGUUGUUUCCAAAUUUUGGGUUCCAGCUUCUUGAUUUUUCAGCUCCUGCAAGUGGAGUCCCAGGAGGUCAUAAUGCAGAAGCCAGGAGAAGGGAGGGAAAGAGCCAUUUUAAGUAAAAAUUCUUCAUAUUUUUCCACCCAUCUGUUUCAGGGCAGGCUGUUCUUUAUGUGGUCUCAGGUUUGUCAGGCCUUUUCGAAUCAUGUCAGAAAAAUAUUUCAGAAUAAAAAAGAUACAAGCUCAAAAA